AUGACAUUCACCAACCCAAAACGAAAGGCUGCUUAUACUUUGACCUCCGUCGGCAUUCCAAUUGCCGAUAAUGAUUCGAACGUCGGUCAGAAAAUGCUCAAAAAAAUGGGCUGGAUUCCUGAAACUGGUCUUGGAAAGGAUAGGAAUGGUAUUGUUGAUCCCAUAAAGGCUACUUGUAAUUAUGGGCGAAAAGGCUUGGGCAGGGGUCCGACACAGUCAUCUACAGAUAUGGUUCAGCAAUCCGCUUAUAAUGCAUUAUUGCAGUCUCUAAGCAAACAUAAAUCACACGUUAUUCCAGAAGUUAAGAUUAAACUUGAAGAAAAGUCCAAGAGUAGCCGUUCCAGGGUCCACUACGGAAGGCUUAUUCGAGCAAAGGAUGUAUCACAGUACGCCCAAGAAUCCCUUAAGAUUGUUCUGGGUGCGUCACAAGAUAGGAGCCCUCAAUCUUCUCCCGAUCGAGGUAAAUCGUACUCCGAUCAAGAAGACUCAAUAAGACAUGAAUUUGGUGUAAAGACAUACUCGAGCAAUACUGACUUGCAUAGUUAUUUUUCGAUGAAAAGAAAAGCAAUGAAGUACUCGCCUAAAGAAAGGUCCCCAAAAAUAAUGCGUGAGCAUUCACCCAUUUCGAAAAGUGUAGAAGAUGUUUCGUCGCUUUCUGCUACCUCCUGUUCAAAUGAUAGCCCUAAAGGUAAGAGGACUUGUCAAACUUUAUUGCCCUCUUUAAAUUCGAACUUGAAUCUGCGGUUUUUGAAACAGAACCAUUUCACAUUAGAUGCACAUUAUCAGUCAUACUGCCUAACAUGUACUAGCUUACAUUGCAGACAUGAAGAUGUCCCAGAAAACGGAUCUUCUAGUCAAAGUAAAAACAGAACCACCUGA